AGCAGAGGGAGUGCCGGAGCCUCGGCUCUGUGUCCGGUAUAAAUACCUCCUGUCCCGGCUACAGUCUGUCUCCACACCGAGAGCAGCUCCUUCUGGUCGGUUAGACGCACGAUGGCAGCAACGAAGAAAGUGUGUGUGGUCGGCUCUGGUAACUGGGGCUCUGCCAUUGCCAAGAUUGUGGGUGCUAAUGCAGCCAAGUAUGAUCAGUUUGACACCACAGUCAACAUGUGGGUGUUUGAAGAGAUGGUGAAUGGCCGCAAGCUCACAGAAAUCAUCAACACAGACCAUGAAAAUGUGAAAUAUCUGCCCGGACACAAGCUGCCCCCCAACGUGCUGGCUGUUCCAGACUUGGCAGAGUCUGUGAAGGGAGCUGACAUCCUCAUUUUUGUGGUCCCUCAUCAGUUCAUUGUCAGAGUUUGUGACACCAUUAAAGACCACAUCAAGAAGGAUGCAGUAGGAAUGUCUCUUAUCAAGGGUGUGGAUGCGGGUCCAGAGGGUCUGAAGCUGAUCUCAGAGGUGAUCAGAGGGAAGCUGGGCAUCGCUAUGACUGUCCUCAUGGGUGCUAACAUUGCAAACGAGGUUGCUGAUGAGAAGUUCUGUGAAACAACCAUCGGAUGCAAAGACAAAACUCACGGGCCCAUGCUGAAGGAGCUCAUGCAGACCACCAACUUCCGUGUGACCGUGGUGGAGGAGUCUGAUGUUGUGGAGAUCUGUGGGGCGCUCAAGAACAUUGUAGCAGUGGGAGCAGGUUUCUGUGACGGCCUGGGAUUUGGAGACAACACAAAGGCAGCAGUGAUCCGUCUCGGCCUGAUGGAGAUGAUCGCCUUUGCCAAGGUCUUCUGCACAGACUGUCCCGUCUCCCCGGCCACCUUCCUGGAGAGCUGUGGCAUUGCUGACCUCAUCACCACCUGCUACGGAGGACGCAACCGUAAAAUUGGGGAAGCUUUCGCCAAAACAGGCAAAACUAUCGAGCAGUUAGAGAAUGAACUGCUUAAUGGACAAAAGCUUCAAGGUCCAGCAACUGCAUCUGAGGUCCAUGUCAUUUUGAAACAGAAAAACAUGGUGGAUAAGUUCCCUCUUUUCACUGCCGUGUAUCAGAUCUGCUUCAAUGGACACAAAGUCACAGAGUUCAUCCAGUGUUUGCAGAACCACCCGGAGCACAUGUGAAAAACUGACAAAAGGACCUAUGAAUAAGUGGAAGUUGAGAAAGGACUUUUACACUACUGUAUUACACAGGUGACUACACGGGGGAGAUUAGGUGAAGGCCGUUUCUGAUCUUGUCUAAUGUUUGGAUCUCAAACAGAAACCAAAAAUCAAGCCAAGUUUCCCUCUUAGAACUGAGCUGCUGUUACUGACAUAAAAACAUAACUCCUGUUUUUACUGAUUGGACACUUACAUGUUGAAAAAUGUUUGAAUUUAUCACAAGUCUUAAAUUUGAAUGACUGCCUUACAAAACACACAAACCGACCUGAAUGUUAUGAAAUGUUGCAUAAUGUCUUGGUAAAAAGUGCCUUAACUUGCCUUUUCACUGGCAUGUACGCUUUCAAACAAAGCACUGAAUAGUUCAAACUCCUGCUGUUUUUUGUCUUCUGGAGUCUUCUUGGGAUUAAGCCAAAAACAUCACAAGAUUUAUUUUGGAAUAAAUUAUUGAACUUGUUGAA